UCCGGGGCUGGGAGAAGUCAAACACUUCCUACAAACUGACAUCAUCAUGGCCAGUUUAUAUAUCUCCAACUUACUGCUGAUUCGCCUCACCGAUGCUACCUUCCGUGAUCCCACAGCUUUUUACCCGACGAUCGACGCAGCGCUCCGCGCAACGAAUGGGAGCGGCCAUCUUACAAUCGUCCUCUCUCACCCCUCAUUCACAUCCUCAAAUCGUGCAGCGCUAUUCGUGCCGGUACAGAGGUUGAUUUCACUCAUCUAUAUUGAGUGUGUACGGAUUAGCGACUCCCGAGAGCUUACGUCUGCAGGGCGCACCGAGAACCAGGACUUUACCAUCUUGCUCGACGGGGAGAGAGUGGUGGAGGAAGAGUGGGAAUGCGUCUGUGUACCACAAGGUGAAGAAGAGCUCUUGGAAGAGUUCCUCAGAAAGUAUCGGGAGAAGGGAGGAAGCGCCGCAUUACCAACUCUCAUCCUCCCCCGCGAAGGCUCCCCCGACCCUACACCGGAGAGUACACGGCCCUCAUCCGCCGCAGGCCCCGAACCCGUACCGGAGGAGGAGGAGAAGAAGGGUAACUUUGGAUCCGUUGCGGUAGGCGGGACCUUCGACCACCUCCACCCCGGCCAUAAGAUUCUCCUUACCCUCACCGCGUUCCUCGCCUCCACCAAGAUCAUAUGCGGUGUCACCGCACCCUCCCUCCUUACCAAAAAGGCGUAUGCGGAAUUCAUGGAGAGUGUUGACGUACGAAUCGCGGGCGUGAAAAGCUUCUUGGAGAAGGUGAGGAGGGGAAAGGAGGUCGAGGUUGAGGUCGUGGAAAUCCAGGACCCAUUCGGACCCACCAUUACGGAUGCGGGAAUUGAAGCUCUCGUCGUCAGCAGAGAAACCAUUUCUGGUGGAAAAUCGGUUAACGAGGAGAGGAGAAAGAGGAACAUGAAAGAAUUGGAGAUCUUCGUAAUCGACGUUGUAACACCGAAAGGCAUCGCAAGUGGGGAAGAAAGUGGAUGGGAAGGGAAAAUGAGUAGUACGGAGAUCAGAAGGACUCUCCUUGAGAGAGAAAAUUUGAGUUAGAAGGAGGGUAUGAAGGGUAUUAUUCGUUAUAAGAAGACAAGAUACCCACGACAGCUUAGCUUAGACAUAGAAAUCCGACGAUCCCACUGUUGCACACGACUCACGUCACUCCA